GCACCACCAGCAGUAGCAGUAGCAGUAGCGGUGGCAACUGCACAAGAGGAAGAGGAAAAAAGAGCGAGGGAGUGAGGAUAAGAAAAGAAAGAGGGAGACAGACUGAAGACACGAGAAAGAGGAGAGGAGUGGAGUGGAGUGGAGUGAAGAGGGGAGACAAGACAAGCGCGUGAGAGAGAGCGAGAGAAAAACCCAGGAGGAACACAAGGCAGUCAUGGAUACCAUAGUGGCCCAGACAGAUACUUGGAUGGCCCGGAUUUGCACAUUGUCGCUGGCCUCUGUCCAGUCCAGCAGCAACUGAUCCCAAUGAGCUCCUAUGCAGCCUCUCAGCCAUGCUCCCUGGGUAUGGAUUCUCCACUCUGCCUGACUUCCAGCCUCACCUCCACGCCUUCCAUUGCCGCCGAGGAGACAGCCCCGACAUGUGGAUGCCGGGCCCUGGCGACACUGACACCCCCCCACCGCCGCCGCGGCCCUCAUCCCUGAGUGACUCUCGCGACGCCCGGCCUCCCUUGCUGCGGCAGCACCAGCACAUUGCCGUGUGCCAACAGGAGACGCUGGCCUUCCUCGACCUCCCCGACGACGACACGGACACCGAUGGCUUCCUGUCCUCUCUGGACAGGGACGACACGACCGGUCGCCUCACCGCGGUCGCCUGCUCGACCAAACAGCAGUGCCAAAAAAAGGACCCCAAAAAGGACCCCAAAAACGGGGUGGCCCUUUCCCGCAAGAGCAGCAGCGGCAGCAGCAGUGGCAGCGAUGCCGCCACGGACACGGAACCCAACCACGAGGGCUCGGAUUCGGGCCUGGACGUCCGCAACAGCCACUCCGAGUCGCUUCCGCCAGACGCCGAGAGCCCCGUGCUUGACUUUCUGCGGAAACGCACGUCCCUUUUCCUGCCCCUGACGCCUUAUCCCGGCGUUGGGGACCCAUUCGAACCCCUGCAGCAGCAGCAGCAGGAGGCUGGCUCGCCAUCCUCCCCGACGGGGUCGGAGGGCCUGGACCUGUGGCGACCUCACAGGCGCACGUCUCAGAAUACCGUGAAGGAGAAGUCCAUACGGCGCAAGAUGCGCGUGUACUCCCGGGACAGCCUGAGCGACCCCGAGUCCCUGGGCAGCCCGGGGCUGGAGUGUGACUACCUCUUCCCCGGCUCCUUCGAGUCCUUCCUGGAGCAGGAGCUGGGCACGGUGGGCUCGACCCUCUGCUCCCGACCCCUCUCCGGCAUCUCCUCCACCUCCAACGUCUCCAGCGGCGGAGCUCCCACGCCGCCCCCUCCUCCGCUCGCCUCCUCCUCACACCUCUCCGCCUCCUCCACGGAUUUCCCUGAGGAGGAAGACCCAUUCGCCCAGAGGGAGGAGGGUCGUCGGGAUUCUGUGUACCACAGAGAGACUCUGUUGAUCCCUGAAGAAGGACUGGGUGGUGUUGAUUGUGUUGGUGGCGCUGGCAGAGGUGGUGGGGGAGGAGGAGGACGUGGUUCCCACCUGCUCCAGGCUCGUGCCCAGACGGCAUCGUCGACGGCCACUGUGGCGGACCCCGAGCGCAGGCGCUUCUCGGCCUCAGAGCUCAUCUCCCGACUCCAGCUGUCACAGAGGAAGAGCUUUGCACUGAAGCUGGGGAAGUCGCUGUCGGCCCGCGUGGCCUCGCGGGAACGUCAGGCCUCCGGGGGCCACCUCAGCCCAGACUAUAAACCCAACUCCAAACACCGCUUCUCUGGGGGGUCUACAGACGGUGGGGCUCACAGCCCUGUGGCCUCCAUUGCUCCACUGCCCUCUGCUGACUGGAGUCAGCCAUUGCAGCGACGGUGCGGCAAGCUCAGUAUGAGGAAAGACUCCAUUGAGGAGGAUGGAGAUGUCUCUGCCUAUGUGCGCAGUUCCCACCGCCUCUCUCGAUUCCUGCCAAGCUCCAUCCUGUACCAGGAGUACAGCGACGUGGCCAUCAACCGGGAGAUCCAGCGGCAACAGGGGGCGGAGUUUGGCUCCGAGGAGUACCGCCUGGGAGACACGCCCUCUCCCAGGAACCUAUCGCCGUCCAGCUCCUUCCGUUCGUCCAGGGGCUCCGCCUUCUCGCUGUGGCAGGACAUCCCAGACGUGCGCACCAGCGAUGAGCUGGACCACUUCAGCAAUGAGGAGCGCAAACUACAGGAGGCCAAGUUUGAGCUGGUGACGUCCGAGGCCUCCUACAUCCGCAGCCUGAACAUAGCCGUAGACCACUUCAUGAUGUCUCAGGAGCUGACUGAGUGUCUGGGCACGCAGGACAGGCAGUGGCUCUUCUCCAAACUCCCGGAGGUCAGGGGUGUCAGUGAAAGGUUCCUGCAUGACCUGGAGCAGCGGUUGGAGGGGGACAUUCUGCGCUUUGACGUUUGCGACAUUGUUCUGGAUCACAGCGCUGCACUGCAGAGGGUCUACCUUCCCUACGUGACCAACCAGGCCUAUCAAGAACAGACCUACCAACGACUACUGCAGGAGAACCCGCGCUUCCCUGCCAUCCUGGCGCGCCUGGAAGAGGAUCCCAUCUGCCAACGCCUGCCCCUCACCUCCUUCCUCAUCCUGCCCUUUCAGCGCAUCACCCGUCUCAAGAUGCUAGUAGAGAAUAUUCUUAAGAGGACAACGCCGGGCUCGCGAGAUGAGGACACAGCCACAAAGGCCUUUAACGAGUUGAAAAGGCUGAUAAAGGAAUGCAACUCCAGCGUGCAGUCCAUGAAGAGGAUGGAGGAACUCAUUCAUCUCAAUAAGAAAAUUCACUUCGAGGGCAAGAUUUUUCCUCUGAUCUCUCAGUCCCGCUGGCUGGUGAAACAUGGUGAACUGCUGGAAGUGGACACGCAGACCAUGAGCAUAUCCGGGUCAAAGUUCAAGCUCCCCACCCGUCUCGUCUACCUGCACCUCUUCAAUGACUGCCUUUUACUCUCCCGGAAGAAGGACACAUGGAAGUUUAUGGUGUUUGUCCACGCGAAGAUCGGGGAGCUGAAGGUGAAGGACCUGAGCCAGAAGCUGCAGGGCAUCACCGGCUUCCUCUUCUACCUGCAGCUGUGCGACGGACAGCAGCUUAAGCACCAGAUACUGCUCAAGUCCCACACGGAGAGCAACAAACAGAGGUGGAUCUCGGCCAUGGUCCCUUGUGAAUCAAAGACUUCCCUCGAGAUGGCCAUUGAGAAUGAUGACAUUGCUCAGGUUCAGUGUAUAAAGAGCUACCAGGCUCAAGAACACGAUGAAUUGACACUGGAAAAGGCUGACAUCCUUCAAGCCAAGACCAUGACAAGUGAUGGCUGGGUGGAGGGCAUCCGGCUAUCGGACGGUGAACGGGGCUGGUUCCCCAAGAGCUACGUGGAAGAAAUCACCAAUCGCAGUGCUCGCUUGCGCAACCUGCGAGAGAACAUACGUAUCAAGAGUGUCACACAGAAACUUCAGGAGGAUGUUGUGUGACGGAGGCCCUUCUUCUGCGUAAAGAACAGACACAUGCCUUUCUACUGCGCUGUUCCUCUGUCACCCUCCUCUUCAGUCUCUAUAUGACUGGC